GACGUAUGUAAUCUUUUGCUACAUAGCAACGACCAUGCUAUGAGACUGAUCUACAGUAUAAAACACUCUGGAGUGUGGGAAGAGAAUGUACAAUUAUUGGUUGAAUUUCUAGCAAUUAGGUAGAACCGUUGUCCUACAUGUAAAUGUUCCAUACAGGGGUUGUUACGUGUCAGUAUAUAACUGGAAUCUGCUAAAUCCUGGUAUUGAAGAUGAUAGACUUUCAUAUACUAGUAUAGUGAAUAACACAUAUGAAAAUAUAUGUAAACUACAAUCAAAAAGUGAUAUUGGUCUUUUAUAAGUUCUGGAUAAAAUGGACAAACCCUCUGGUCACAUGGAAUCUCUCGGUUUCUAGUUUGUCACUGCCAAUCCUGAGCUCUGUAAUUACUCUAACCACUACUCUUUAUAUUUGAAAGAUAGUUUCCUUGCGUACAAUGAUGAACCAAACAGUACAGAAAUGGUAUAGAAGAGAGAAACUGGCAUGCUCUAGGUUACAUGAUAUUAGUUUAUACAAAAUUUAAACAGUUGUUCCUGGCUAUCGUCCAGUACAAUAAGUACAAACUAAGCCAAUGCUUCUGGCACUACAUACAUAAAUCCGAAUGUAGGUCGCCAAAUCCACAGCCCUUUGUCGUGACUGCUUGAUGUGUUUUCUUUUCACAUUCUUCUAUUUUUCUCUGGCCAUAUCAUGUUGCAUUAUCUAUAAGCCAUUUGAAAAUAAAAUCCCCUAACGGAAAUAUGCGCCGGACACACCAUACUAUCAGUACAAAGAACAAGUUAAUACCCUUUUCAAUAAGUUCAUUCUUAUCGUGAGAUCUUGUCGUUUUAGGUGAAUAAAAUGAUACCUAAAAGACGUGUCAAACCAAUCAGGAGAGUUUGUAUAGUCAUUUAUAUUUGGUACCUUAAUUAGGCCAUAGUUCCUUCGAUACAGUUCAGGCGGUCUGUUUGCGCAUGUCUGGUGUUAAACCAUUCAUCACGGGUCGGCAAACAACCGACUGAUUGUUGAACAGACUUUAAUUUGUCCUGUCAGACGUCGUGUAGAUUCUAACAGUACUUCAGGGGACCAUAAAGGUUGUAAUUGUCUGUGUGUCUGCGCUGUGGUGCGCCCGUGUCCUCGGACGGGUUGUAUAUUUGCAGAAGAAAGACCGGGUGGCGACGAUCUGGAAAGUAAAUUUGUCGACCUGUAUGAAGUGUUACUCGUUGCCUAGUUUUAGCAGUUGAUGUCGGUAAACUAUUCAGCACCGUGCGGACAUUAGAACUGUGUCAACAGCGCUAAUCUUGCACAAACGAUCAUUCUGCUGAAAAGAACACGUUUAGAAGAAAUACAUGUUAAUGCUCAAAAGAAAGGGAAGCCAUUAAUAAUAUCGUUUAAUUUCUACCUUAACACGUUCUAUUGACACUUAACAAGGCAGUUUUGUCCAAGGUAGCCACGCUUUUCUUGAUAUUGCAAACGCAGCUAGAGAAUACAUCAAAGCUCAUCAAAUCAUCAAAGUUCCAGCACUGAGGAUUUCUUUGUUUCUGGACGGCCCAGGCAACAAAACUGGUCAACCGAUGAUAUGGCCUUAUGAUAUUCUGCUGCAUGUUUGUGCCAUGUACACCAUAUCAUAGCGGGAGGAGACACGAACUGAAUCAACAUGGUCCAGUUAUAGGUGUUAUAGCUUAGCAAUGUCGGUGAUGUAACAACAACAGCAACGAGCACUGGAUGGCAUUCACAAGGAUAGGGACUAAAAAAUGUGCAAUCAGUUCGAGAAAGCCCCUGCCAACAUGGCGGACACGACUUGUGUACGGGUCCUGCUGGAAGCGGAACCUUCCCGGGACGUGGUCUGCUUCUGUUCGGACCUGCGAGCUCGCAGUGACGCCAAUGUGGUCGCGGGGUGGGCUCUAACCCCGCACGAGAGGAAAAAACAACCACAGACAUCGGCGGGAAAACUCAACAAGCAGUACAGGCAGCCACCAAACAACUUGUUAAACAGAAGAAAGGGCAGCGCGACUCCAGAGAAGUACGUCUUUCAACAUUUUGACGACGUGGGGUCGUACAUGAGAGAUUACCGACAGAAGUACACGUGUCUGGGGAAACAGGAGCUGAUGGAAAGUCCCGUCAUGUCUGAGGAUGGAGACUCUAUCGGUGACUCUGCAUCGACGAUAUCUAGGGUACCAAGAGAAAUGGCGGAAAUUCCAGAUCCUGAAAUGGAUCCAUCUGUUCUCAUGCCAACAAACGGACAACGAUACAGCAGUCCGUCCAGCGAGGAGGACGCUGCUUCCAUGACAGCCAGUAAUAAGCCCGCGAAAGCCCAUUCCAUCUCCGGUGCCCGUACCAGUGACAACACCCUACAAGUUCCCGCCACGACCGGCCUCUCUAAGAUCACCGUACAGACGAACAGACUCCCGGAUCAACAGAGAGCAGUACAGAGACGCGGACCGAGUAGGACAAAACUCAUCUCCAAACCACCUGCCGAGAAGACCACUGGUUCAGAAGACAUCCGAAGACCCAGUUCUGCCGAGGCGGUUUUCCUCUCCCCUGCUGGCGGGUACCUGUCGGUCUCUCCGUCGUUCGGCGCUUUCCGCAAGUACCACCGAAAACAGAACUAUCAACAGGUUGGAAAGGAAAGGCGCCGACUAGCGGAGAUGUACGGUAUUGCCAAUCUGAGCUCCACAGAAGCGCAACAGUUGGAAACUCAGCAGGGACCCUGUCCGUCACCACGCCUUCUUGUGACUUGUAAAAAUGCUCCUGUGGUAAAAAAUGGGGCUCUAGUCGUGGACAAGGGAAGCAGCAAUUUAUUCACCCCUAAAAUGCCCCCGUGGCCUGUAAGACCAAAAUCUCAGUCAUUGAAAUCUGGGUUGAAUAGAGCACUGGAUGGUUAUGUGGUGUGGGAUGCAAGUGAGGGAAAAUGGACAAUAAAUACGGCUUAUGUUGCGGCCCUAAUGACAUAUAACCAAGCCGCACCGGAUGUUGGGAAGAUGUUGAAACAGUACAUGUCAUUGAGUGGAUCUGGCAAAAAAGGACCUGCAUGACUCUGACAUGAUUUCUAUUGUAUUGUAACAAAAAUACUAUCAGAAAUGAUUACAUCUUGUAUUGAUACUGUACAAGCCACCUCUGUUUCAGUAAGAAAGGAAUUAACAAGAUAUUGCUGCUAUACCAUUGUCAUGAUUGCAGAGAUGAUUUUCAGAGAGUAAAGCUUUCACCUGACAAAAAUUUUGUGACAAAGACUGCCUGACU